AAAUGCUAUUCCCGUCACAUAAAAAUGCCAAAAAAAGAAAAAAAAGAGUGAUAAUCUAAGUGAAAACAGAUCACGAGCGUGUUAGAUAAGAAUAGAGAGACGCAAAAAUAAAAUAGAUAUUUGCGAGACGCCACGUAAGCAACCAAAAGGUUACGGUAGGACCCACCUCGCUAAUGUCUAUAUAACCAGAAAUGUGCCAAAGCCUUUCUUCUUCAAACUACCAAACCUACAGAAAUCUCUCUUCUUCUUCUUCUCUACAAAAUUUCAAUGGAAGCUGUUCUUGUCGCAAUGUCCGUCCCCGCCACAACGGAAGACGACGGAUUUUCGUUAAUCACCGAUAAACUUUCAUAUAAUCUAACGCCGACGUCGGACGUUGAGAUCGUUACCUCCGAUAACCGUCGGAUUCCGGCACACUCCGGCGUUCUGGCUUCAGCUUCACCGGUACUGAUGAACAUCAUGAAGAAACCGAUGAGACGUUACAGAGGCUGUGGAUCUAAAAGAGUCAUCAAGAUUCUUGGCGUUCCAUGCGACGCCGUUUCGGUUUUUAUCAAAUUCCUCUACUCUUCUAGUUUGACGGAGGAUGAGAUGGAGAGAUAUGGAAUCCAUCUUUUAGCGUUGUCUCACGUCUACAUGGUCACCCAGCUGAAGCAACGGUGCUCAAAAGGCGUUGUACAACGUUUAACUACAGAGAACGUAGUCGACGUCCUCCAGCUAGCUCGGCUCUGCGACGCACCCGAUGUUUGCCUUCGAUCUAUGCGUCUGAUCCAUUCGCAGUUUAAGACCGUUGAGCAGACUGAAGGAUGGAAGUUUAUUCAAGAACAUGAUCCUUUCCUCGAGCUCGACAUUCUCCAGUUCAUCGAUGACGCCGAAUCGAGGAAGAAAAGAAGGCGACGACAUAGAAAGGAGCAGGAUCUUUACAUGCAACUAAGCGAGGCAAUGGAGUGCAUAGAGCACAUAUGCACACAAGGUUGUACAUUGGUCGGUCCAUCAAACGUAGUAGAUAACAACAAAAAGUCAAUGACUGCGGAAAAGUCAGAGCCUUGUAAGGCGUUUUCCACGUGUUAUGGUCUUCAGCUUUUGAUACGUCACUUUGCCGUAUGCAAGAGGAGGAAUAACGAUAAGGGUUGUCUUCGUUGCAAGCGGAUGCUUCAACUCUUUAGACUCCAUUCUUUGAUUUGUGAUCAACCCGAUUCUUGUCGCGUCCCUCUCUGCAGGUAUGUCCCAACUUGUUUUGUUAGGAAUUUCACAUUUGAAAUAAAUCAAAAAGUAUGAGCGAAUCCAUUUACGCUUAAUUAGUAAGUUUGAAAUUGAUGAUUUUUAGUAUGUUUAUGAAUAAAAACCAAUGUUUUGUUGAAAGUGAAAAAAUUUCAUUUUUGGUAAGAGACAAGGUUUGUUUAUCUUUUUGUGUAGACCCACCUUUAGAAAAGUUGCAAAUUGCUAUGUGAAUUGAUGAUGGGUCGUAAUCCGACGGCUGCAAAUUGUUGCCAUUUCUUGAAAUUUGUAGAUAUUUUAAUAGAAUCUCAUGUGUUCUUUUCAACUCUUUUUUUUGGGACUAGGCAAUUUAGGAAACGGGGAGAACAAGACAAGAAAAUGGGUGAAGACACCAAGUGGAAGCUUCUGGUGACAAGGGUUGUGUCUGCAAAAGCUAUGACGUCGUUGUGUCAGUCAAAGAAGAACAAAUGUGAACAAGCACAAGGGGUUUAAUCAAAACCAGGAAGGAGUUAGUUAGGUUUGAAGAAGAUUAAGUAAGAAGCUUUCUUAUAAUUUGAUAUCCAUUCUUUUUGUAGUAUAAUAGUAUUUGUUAGUUCGAUUCUUUAUUAGAGGGGUUUAGUUUGUAUAGGAGUAAACCCUUUUAAAUUGGCUGUAUAAGUAGGUCAUAUUCAAUUGUUUUGUUCUAUUUAUCUGAAAAAUGUCAGCAUGUAAUACAAAACAAAUAAAUGUUCAAAUUAAAGGGAGGAUUACAAGAGGUGUUUUUAAUGUUAUUGACUUUGGCCAAAAUUUUGAAAUUUAGAUAAUUCUAUCCGUUGUUUCGCGAUUACAAAAAAGUUGAAUUCAAACGUGUGUUGAAAAUAAAAAAAUAUCGUGUUUAGCGUGAUUAGUGAUUACAAAGACUCAAAUUUUUGACUCCCAAAUAUGUUCAAUAAUAUUGGUAAGACAUUAAGAACAUGAACCAAUAAUCGACCGUAAAACAUCUUUGGCGAUGUUUUGGUAAAACCUAAUUUUGGUUUUGGUGUGGCUUCAUAGGCUUGGUGCGCCGUUUUACCCUUCUAAGCCUAUGAGCUUCUCUCCCGUUGGGUUUGUUUACCCUUUUGAUUUGGACGUUUUGGUUUUUGUGUUUUAAUUUAUGUCUUUAAUUUUUGUAAUCUUUUACAAGGGUUAAGUCCAAUGUGUUUGUUCCCAGUUAUGAUCCUAAAAAUGU